AUAAUAAAUUUACUGAGAAAAUUAUCGGUAAAAUACUGUGCCUUAACAAAAAUGUUUUUGCUUCGCUACUCUACUCGGAUUUUACCUUCACAAAAAAAUUAAACUAUGAGAAGGUGGUGGGGGGAAUGUGAAAAGGUCAAUUUGUGGUUAGGUAAAUUUUUCUUAUAUAUAAAUAGUUAAUUAUCCUCUGAUUUGAUAUUCUGCACUAAAUAUCGAUAUUCAAUUCUUAUUUCAAUAAUUUGAUAAUUUGUAUGAGCUUAUCUAUUUACUAGAUCAAUAAAUUUGUAUCAGUAGACUUUUGCUUCCCCACCAUAAUUUGAAAUAGAUUUGAUAGAAUACUUUUUUUUUUCACACUUACUUGUCGUACUAACUCCCUGCUUUACCCUCCUUGUAUUAUUGCAACUUUUAAUAUAGUUUUGAUCUGGUAUCAAUUCAGAAAUCUAUUCAAUUAUAAUAUCAUAUAAUCAUUUUAACAUAAUGUCAUCCACUACUACUACUACUACUCCAAAACCUUUACCAUUUAUUUAUCAAUUUGGGGCUGGUGCUAUUGCUGGGGUUUCUGAAAUCUUGGUAAUGUAUCCAUUAGAUGUUGUUAAAACAAGACAACAAUUGGCCACUACUGAUGCUUAUAAAGGUACAAUUAAUUGUAUAAAGAAAAUUGUAAGAGAAGAAGGAUUUUCAAGAUUAUAUAAGGGAAUUGCUGCCCCAAUUUUAAUGGAAGCUCCAAAGAGAGCUACUAAAUUUGCUGCUAAUGAUGAAUGGGGUAAAUUUUAUAGAAAACAAUUUGGUGUUACAUCUAUGACUCCAUCAUUAGCUAUUUUAACUGGAGCAACUGCUGGUGCAACUGAAUCAUUUGUAGUUGUACCAUUUGAAUUAAUUAAAAUUAGAUUACAAGAUAAAACUACUAAAUUUAAUGGUAUGCUUGAUGUUAUUAAAGAUAUAGUUACAAAAAAUGGUCCAUUAGGUUUAUAUAAAGGUAUGGAAUCUACUUUAUGGAGACAUAUUUGGUGGAAUGCUGGAUAUUUUGGAGUAAUUCAUCAAGUUAGAAGUAUAAUGCCAAAACCAAAAUCUUCAUCUGAAAAGACUCUUAUAGAUUUAACUUGUGGUAGUAUCGGUGGUACUUUUGGUACCAUGUUAAAUACUCCAUUUGAUGUUGUUAAAUCUAGAAUUCAAGCUGGUUCAACUAGAUAUAAAUGGACUUAUCCAUCAUUAGUUGUUGUAGCUAAAGAAGAAGGUAUUGGAGCUUUAUAUAAAGGAUUUGUUCCAAAAGUUUUAAGAUUAGGUCCUGGAGGAGGUAUUUUAUUAGUAGUAUAUACAGCUGCUAUAGAAUUCUUUAGAACUAUUCAUGAAGGUAAGUAAAUGAUAUAAUUGCUUACUUUAAAUUUCUUUGUU